AUGAGACUUCUUCUGUUUGUAACUGUAUUGUUAAUGUUGGCGAUUAUGACUAUGGAUGUGGAAGCACGAAGGCAGAGGCACAUAUCAAAUCGUCUUUACCGAGAGUUAUUAGAGAUUGCUCGUGACUUGAGUAUUGAGCUCACUCCUGCACAAAAACAUAACAUAUGGAGAAAUGGACGCUCCAGAAAGCUAGCCCAAGCAUAG